GAGGCGCAGCGCCACCCAUGUCCGCUGCGGCAACGAAGCCGCAGAUGGGCCUGGGUCCAGGCCCUUCCGCGGGCAGCCUGGCCACGAAUCCGCAAAUGGGCCUCGGUGCUGGCGCAGGCAAUGCGACGAAGCCGCAGCUUAGCCUGGGAGCGCCGAGCGGAGGUGAUGUUGCCACGAAGCCUCAGCUGGGCCUUGGGCCAUGUGGUGGAGGUGAAAUCGCAACUCGACCACAGAUGGGCUUGGGAGCUGCUGGCGGAGGUGGCUCGACUCCGACUCAGCCGCAGAUGGGACAGGCGCCCUCUGCAGCUGCUUCGAGCUUUUUCGAAGUUCUCGGCCGGCUCUUCGAUACUGGUGUAGCUACCGACGAGGACAGCAAGGAGGUUCGCGAUUCGGAAGUCCUCCUGGAGUGCAUGUACUCAGCCUGCGUGGAUCUUUCGCAGCUGCCCUUGAAGCAGAAGUGCCUCGCGCUCCGGAGCGGUGAUGGUCCUUGGGCCAUUGGCCGCCAGCAGCAGCCCAACUUCUUUGCGCAGCUGAUCCCGGACGAGUCUACCCGGACGCUGAUCUCGCGAAGCCAUGUGGUGAUUUCCUUGGACAGCGAGGGCCGCGCGCUGCGGCUAAAGAAGCUGUCGCCCAACACGGUGAAAGUGAAUG